UUGUCAAAUCCCAUUUCCUGAGUUCAGGACAAGAAAAGAAACAGAAGAUACCAAUAUUUUAUCAUUUGGCUUCAGAAUAAUCUGUAGGGUUUAGUUCAGGGUUUUCCCCAUCUUGGCUUCUUCCUCCAUAAUCACGCAUUUCUCACUUCUCAAAAAGAUUCAAUCUUUUCUUCUCACUUCCGGAUAUUCAUGGGUGUGAUUGAUAUCUACAGCACUGCCUCUAUCUGUUUGAUUAAAUCCAACAACAUUCUUCACCAAUUUUUGGUGCCUCGAAGACCCAAUUUCUCUUUCGAAGUGAAUAAUGAAAGAAAGGUCAUUGCCAUGGCCUCCACUCUACCUGCUCAACAGAAGUUGACUGGCGACUCGUUUAUCCGUUCACAUUUGAGAAAAUUGUCCCCUUAUCAACCUAUUUUACCUUUUGAGGUUUUGUCAGCUAAUCUUGGCAGGAAGCCUGAGGAUAUUGUUAAAUUAGAUGCAAAUGAGAACCCUUAUGGACCACCUCCAGAGGUGUUUGAAGCUUUGGGGUCUUUGAAAUUUCCUUACAUAUACCCCGAUCCUCAAAGUCGGCGAUUACGUGAGGUUCUUGCCGAAGAUUCUGGCCUUGAAUCCAAUCACAUUCUUGUGGGAUGUGGUGCUGAUGAGCUCAUUGACCUAAUUAUGCGAUGUACAUUGGAUCCUGGUGAUAAGAUUGUGGACUGUCCUCCAACCUUUACAAUGUAUCAAUUUGAUGCUGCAGUUAAUGGUGCAGAGGUUAUCAAGGUUCUGAGGAAGCCAGACUUUAGCUUGAAUGUUAAGCUUAUUGUUGAUGCUGUUCAACUGGAGAACCCCAAAUGCAUUUUCUUAACUUCACCAAAUAACCCUGAUGGGAGUAUAAUCAGUGAUGAAGAUCUAUUGAAAAUCCUUGACCUCCCAAUCUUGGUAGUGUUGGAUGAAGCAUACAUUGAAUUUUCAGGACUGGAAUCUCGGAUGAAAUGGGUGAAGAAGCAUGACAAUUUGAUUGUUCUACGGACAUUUAGCAAGAGAGCCGGUUUAGCUGGACUCCGAGUUGGAUACGGAGCAUUUCCUUUGAGCAUCAUUGAGUACCUUUGGAGAGCUAAGCAACCUUAUAAUGUUUCUGUUGCUGCUGAAGUUUCUGCAUGUGCAGCAUUGCAGAAUCCCACGUACCUGGAGAAGGUGAAAAAUGCAUUGGUACAAGAGCGGGAUAGGCUUUACAAGCUUUUGUCAGACGUGCCAUUUCUCAAUCCAUUUCCAAGCUAUUCUAAUUUCAUUCUUUGCGAGGUUAAAUCUGGAAGAGAUGCUAAGAAGCUUAAGGAUGAUCUUGCAAGUUUGGGUAUAAUGGUUCGACACUACAACCACAAAGAACUGAAGGGUUAUAUUCGCGUAUCGGUUGGGAAGCCUGAACAAACAGAUGCCUUGAUGCAAGGCCUCAAGAGGAUUUCAUGAUUCAUUUCCUAUUCUAGGUUCCAACCUUUGACCUCACAGAACAUUGCACAAGGCGGAGUCUUAAAUCCUGAAUCUCAAUGUGAAUGAUUAGAGAGGUGAAGAAUGGGAUGAGUUGGAAUUGAUUUCGGGUUAUUUCGGGUGUCUGAUUAUUUUGAAUUUCAUUAUUUUUUCGAAUGGUUUUGAAUCGAGUCAUUUCGGAUUGCAGGUUGAUUUAAGUUAUAUAAAUGUGAUUGAAUUGUAAUUAAGUGAAGCAAAUCCUAAUUUUGUUUA